CCCCCCAUCGACCGCACCAUCACCACCGCCGAACACACCAACCGCCACAACCACCACGAAAAUGCCGGCUUCCUCUCGCACACCGCGGGCUUCUCCCCGUUGCACCCCACCACCCAGCUCCCCCCCUCCCACUCCGCCUGGGACACCCUCGCCACCUCCCUCCCCCACCUCAUCCAAACCCAAACCGUCCGCUCGACCAUCACCGCCCUGCCCCUCCUCGACGCCUCCCCGGCCGCCCUCCCAGACAAAUACCUCCAACGCGCCGCGACCAUCCUCGGCAUGGCGGCCCACGUGUACGUUCGCAUGGAGGGCAGCGAACCAUUAACCCUCAAGUACCCCUCCCAUGGGGCGAUCCUGCCGCCCGCGCUGCAUCUCCCCUGGGGCGUGGUCUGUAGUCGUCUCGGGCGAGAGACUCCCAUUCCAUCCUUGACGUACGUGGACGGGGUCGUGGCAAAUUAUACAUCGACGAGCGUGGAUCCGCGCCGGGUCGGGGUGACGAAUCUCUCCCUCCUCGUGCCCACGGUAGGAAACCUAGAGGAGAAGAUGUUCGUGGGCGUGAUGAUCGAAAUCAAUGCCAAGACGAUCCCGAUGAUCGCGGGGAUCGGGGAGGCGCAGCGGGCGGUCUUGGCCCGAGAUAUUGGGGCGUUAAAAGGCACCAUUCGGAGGCUGCAUACCGGGCUGAAGGAGGUGGGUCGGACGCUGGGAAAACUGACGGCGAAUCGGGCCGUGCAAGGCCAUCUGGAUCCCGUGGUGUGGACGCUGACGGUGGCGAAUCUGGGCAUUCCGUGGGUGGAGGGCGCCGUGGGGGCGGCCGGGACGGCACAUCCGUUUUUUCAUCUCAUGGAUGAGUUUACGGGGCGGAGGGAGUAUGGGAGUGGGAUUGGGAGGGAGGCGCAGGUGGUGAGGGCGAUGUAUCCGGUGCAUUGGCGGGGGGUGUUGGCGGCGGUGCGGGAGGUGGACGUCGGCGGGUGGGUCGGGGAGGGGGGGGAUGAGGAGUUGGCAGGGUUGUGGAAGCGCUUCCUGGAGGCGUAUCAGGGGGAUCAGGGGUUGUUGGGGGUGCAUCGGAGGAAGGUGUUUGGGUUUUUGGCCGUGUCGUUUCGGAUUGGGAGGAGUACGACGAUUAAUGGGUUGGGGAGGAAGCGGAGGGCCGAGCCGUGGUUGGAGGCCGAUCAGGCGUUGGAGAUGGCUCGGUUGGAGAGG